AUGUCGCCUACCCAAGUCGUAACCAGGCCCUGGUGCUCGUCGUUCCAAAUGGAUGGUGCGGCAGACGCGUACUUCGUGAGGUACCCAGGAGCAGGUCAGCAAAGCCCUAGGCGAAGCCCAUCAAAGUCUAACUUUGAUACAGCACCUCUCACUACUUCAUCAGUCGAGCCAUUCCCAGCCAAGGAGGAACUCCUCGACCUAUGUGACUCGGUCCGAAGCUCGCUUCGACAGGAGAGGACUCUAGGGCCCUAUGCAGACAGGAUCCAGAGCCUUAUGGAAAGAGCCCUUAAAGAAGAACUGCGUCACACCCCGACUAUCGACCUUGAGACGCUCCAGUACGCCCGACUAGACAAGGUCCUAGCCGAUAUCCUAGACCCUGUCCAUCGCCCUUCGCCGCUGCCACUCCGCUUCCGCGCUGACAUGGCCGUCGCUGAAAGCCUCCAAAAGAUGUGGCGUACCCGCUUCCGCGAACAAUAUUUCUCCUUAGAUCAGGCCCGCCAAAGAACCCUAUCUAUUGGCGGCGAAAUGCGCGAUAUCCGCUUCACCGCCAAUGGCAAGGACCCCCUCGAGUCGUGGACUGUCCAGAACAGCUGUCGCGACCCAAUUUCGGAGCUCGAAGGAAACCAACAGUUCGAGCCUGGCCACUGGUGGCUUAAUCUGGCUUGCGCCCAUCGUGAUGGCAUCAUUGGGACUGCGGUCGAGAAGCCCACCAAGGGCAAGUACGGCAUUACAACUCUGCCUCUCCUGACCGAUCGAGAGGAACAUGUCCACGGCAACCUCUACCGAUACGUCCGUGAAGGCAACUUAUCCGACAUGCACAUCUCACUUCUCACCCAGGUCGGCACUCAGAUCCGGAUUCUCAGGGGCUAUCGUCUCAAGAGUUCCCUUGCGCCCCAGGCUGGUGUGCGUUAUGAUGGACUCUACACUAUCCGCCAGUACGGUAAUAAACUGGACCCUGCUACAAACAAGUACCGCCUCGAGCUACUCCUGGAGCGAGUCGCCGGCCAAAAGGCACUUGAACAGGUACAGCAGGUGCCCCGGCCGUCGCAAAUGGAUGACUGGGAGGCCUUUAAGAAGGUCGAGGCCGAAAUGGUCCGCCAGCGCAAGGGCGACGACGGCUUGCUCGAUUUUAGAAUGCGAAAAGAGGAAGAACGAAUCGAUCGCGAGCAUUGGAGGCGAGCGAGCGAGUUCAAGGCAUCACUCAGCCAAGAGGGAUGCGGCCUUGGGCUUAUUAUGCCCGUUUAA